AUGUCGUUCAGAACUCUGUUCUUUAUUCUAUCACUCAGCGUCUUGUUCGCUAAUACACACGCACAUGAACGACAUAGACAUGCUCAUUCUGCUAGACACCAUGCUCUAUCUGCGCGUGCUGUCUUCGGAGGUUUCCCAAUUGUCGAACCAGGCUCUCUUGAAGGUCUUGGUCUCGGCGAGACUUGCGAACGAAUACUCUACCAACCACUGAAGUGUGACAACUACACCGCCUCGUUUUCUACUCCAAGAUAUCGUCGUAGUCUCGGCGACAAGGAUUUGUCUGCUUCGGUGUGCGAUAACUCUUGCUCUGGAGCCUUGAGGAUAUUCAGCCGACAAGUGAACUCAGCUUGCACAGCGAAGAAGGAAAUUUAUGCUGGAUAUCCUGUUGCAGCUUUGAUUGAUACUAUCUGGGGAGGAUGGAAUGAGACAUGCUUGAUGGACACAAGCAAGUCUAGGUACUGCAACGACAUAAUCGAAUCUUGGGAGCAGGUCGACGAGCUUGCAGACAUGGCAAAAGAAAAUCUCUGCUCUUACUGCUACACUCAGAAGCUGGCGACGAUGCAGGCCAACAAAUACGGGGUCUAUGCACCUGGAGGCUACCAAGAGACGUAUGAUUACGUGGUGAAGAGCAGGUAUAUCCGAUCGCGAUGA